GGGGCAGGGCCGGAGGCUGGGGUGCCGCCUCCUCUGCAACGCCGGGGCCGGAGUCUUAGAACCCAGGGCCCGUAGGGGUCCCCGCGGCUGCCGCGAUGCAGAAAUACGAGAAACUCGAGAAGAUUGGGGAAGGCACCUAUGGAACAGUAUUCAAGGCCAAAAACCGAGAGACCCAUGAGAUUGUGGCUCUGAAACGGGUGAGGCUGGAUGACGAUGAUGAGGGAGUGCCGAGCUCAGCCCUUCGGGAAAUCUGCCUACUCAAAGAGCUGAAGCACAAGAACAUCGUCAGGCUUCAUGACGUCCUGCAUAGCGACAAGAAGCUGACUUUGGUUUUUGAGUUCUGUGACCAGGACCUUAAGAAGUAUUUCGACAGCUGCAAUGGUGACCUAGAUCCUGAAAUUGUAAAGUCCUUCCUCUUCCAGCUGCUGAAAGGCCUGGGAUUCUGUCACAGCCGCAAUGUACUGCACAGGGACCUGAAGCCCCAGAACCUGCUGAUAAACAGGAACGGGGAGCUGAAAUUGGCCGAUUUUGGCUUGGCUCGAGCCUUUGGGAUCCCAGUUCGCUGUUACUCGGCUGAGGUGGUCACGCUGUGGUACCGCCCACCGGAUGUCCUCUUUGGGGCCAAGCUGUACUCCACAUCCAUCGACAUGUGGUCGGCCGGCUGCAUCUUUGCAGAGCUGGCCAACGCGGGGCGGCCUCUUUUCCCGGGCAAUGACGUAGACGACCAGUUGAAGAGAAUCUUCCGGCUUCUGGGGACACCAACCGAGGAGCAGUGGCCUGCCAUGACCAAGCUGCCAGACUAUAAGCCCUACCCGAUGUACCCGGCCACAACGUCCCUGGUGAAUGUCGUACCCAAGCUCAAUGCCACAGGGAGGGACCUUCUACAGAACCUCCUGAAAUGUAACCCCGUCCAGCGCAUCUCGGCAGAGGAAGCCCUGCAACACCCCUACUUCUCCGACUUCUGCCCCCGUAGGCUCCAGGACCUUGGCUGGGCUGGGGCCUGGCCUAUUUAAGCCCCCUCCCGGGAGGGGAGGAAAAGCCAGGGGUGCACGGGGUGCUGAGCUCCAGCUGUGCUGGGCCCGGCCGGGGUGGGGGUGCCCCGGCCCGUGUUCUUCGCUCCCUCCAUGGACUUUAUUUAAUUUCAUAAAUUGGCUCCUUUCCCACA